CUCAUUACGCUUUUUCACUCUGAUUAAUGUACGCUUAGUUGUUGCUAAUUUCCUCAUUGCGAUGAUAAACAAAUGUCAGGAUUGUGUUAGAUUAAUACAGAGCUGGAGUGAUAUUCUGCUCAGUGCAAGCCAGCAAACGUCAAUGACAUCAUUUAGGGAAUUAUCAAUUAAUGAUGAAAUCACGAUUGGCGGUAUCUCCCUCCUGGAUAAUUGAAAUUCGUGCGUCGGUGGUGCCAAAGGGAACGACAAAUCGCAUGCCGUUCAUGUACCCCCCACCACCGGAUAUUUUCAAACUACACGGAGGAGUGGGGAAGUGGCAGUGACCGCGGGAAAGGCGCCGCAGGAAAGGAGAUUCUAUGGUGGAAAGACCAUUUUAUGGGCGCGAGGACAACGAAUUGGGGGAAAUUCAAUCGACUAAUGACGUAUGGAUGGUGGACACCGAGGACUACGGCCCUGUACGCACGAGACUGCGACCACGUGGGGAACCGGUGGGAAAUUCAGAUCUCGGGGAGAGAGAGACGUAAUUGUAAAAUUAUGAGAUCACUGUCGAUAUUGUUGAGACUGUGAAUUAAAUUAUCGUCUAUCAAUGAUCAUUGAUCGUAGGCUGUAUCGGGGAAUCCCGUUGUGCAUGUGUUGGUAGAAUUUUCACGCCGGAUUUUCCAGGGCCGUUACGGUCUUCUGAGAAAACACUUCGUUUGUAAGAAUUGCAUUUUUUUUUAGAAUGGAAAAGACGUUGGGAAAUGGGAGUUCCCCAUCGCCAGCAUAAUAUUUAUUGUUAUUGUUGUGGAUGCAAUUUUGUUGUGGCAUUUUUUUGGCGUGAAAAGAGAGAUUAAAAAUUGAAAAAAUACUUUUGCAAAGAUCUACCGCAUUAAUGUUUUUAAUCAGGAAUUUUUAUGAUAUUUUUGCGUUGUUAUUCUCUGUAUGACUUAAUUUUUGCCAUCCAGAAAUAAACCUCAAUGCCAAUUAUUAUCACUCCAUUUAAACUUGAAUGAAUCAUGUCGCAAAACGUUAAAAUAUUCCUUAUCGAUUAGAAACUAAUAAUUAUGUCCGGGCAUUUCUCAAUUGUCAGCGUUCCAGGAAAGUGUCACGCUGACCAUGCGGAAUGCAGGCGCAUUACGGCGUAACGCGGUUAACCCAAUACCUGCAUGACGUAUGUCUCUAAUUACGACGAGUCACUAUAAAUUACCCCUGAAAAUUUGAAAGCGAUUUUUUAAAUUUUUCGGCGAUAAUUUACCAGUCGAUAGUUGCAGUCAUAUAGGUUCCGCAUAUGGUUCAUAGAGGGCGCCGCUCACAUUAUUUAUUUAUAAAUAAAUGGAAAACUAACGAAACAUUUAAAGCUCAGUACAAACGAGUACAAACCUACUACUAACAAUAGAAUUAAUUUAUUUUGCGAAAAGUAAUCACUUACUGGCUAUGGAUCUACGAAUUCGUUUGUCUAUUGGCGGGAACUCAGUCCACCAUAACCAAACAAGAAAUUAACCGCGUCGACAACUUGAGUUUUGUUCAACUGAUGUUUGAUCGUUAGUUCUUGGUAUUUUUAUUUAGUUGUGAAAAAUAAUAAAAUGCAGGCAUUUUUGAAAACUGGUAAGGUUGGAUCGACUGCUGGGACAAAGCCCUCGACGUCUAAAGGGUCCAAAGAGCCGAAGAAUGCAGCUGCCCCUCCUUGGGUCGAAAAAUAUCGACCUAGAACUGUUGAGGAUGUCGUCGAGCAAGGGGAAGUGGUGGAGGUCCUUCGUCAGUGCAUGACGGGUGGAGAUUUUCCAAAUUUAUUGUUCUAUGGACCCCCAGGAACGGGAAAGACCAGUACGAUUCUCGCUGCUGCCAGACAACUCUUCGGUAAUAUGUACAGGGACAGAAUCCUUGAGCUCAAUGCCUCCGACGAACGAGGGAUCCAGGUGGUGAGGGACAAGGUCAAACAUUUUGCUCAAUUAACUGCUGGAAAUACCAGACCUGAUGGAAAACCCUGUCCCCCCUUUAAAAUAGUCAUCCUGGACGAGGCGGAUAGCAUGACUCACGCAGCCCAAUCGGCUCUCCGUCGAACAAUGGAAAAAGAAUCUCACAGCACUCGUUUCUGCCUCAUCUGCAACUACGUUUCGAGAAUCAUCGAGCCCCUGACAUCACGUUGCACUAAGUUCCGAUUUAAGCCCCUCGGGGAGGAGAAAAUCAUCGAACGAUUAGAGUACAUUUGCAAGAAUGAGGACAUCACAGCUGAUAAAUACGUCCUCACGAAAUUAGUUGAAGCGUCUGGGGGUGAUCUUCGAAGAGCGAUCACUUGUCUCCAGUCUGUCACGAGGCUGAAGGGCAAGGGGAUCGAGAUUACUGUAGAGGAUGUACUGGAAGUCACUGGGGUAAUUCCAGACAAGUGGCUAGCCAAAAUGCUGGAAGUGUGCGAGGGCCAUGAGUUCACGAAAGUCGAGCAAUUUGUCGACGAUUUCCUGCUGGAAGCCUAUUCCACAUCACAAUUGAUCGAACAACUCAGUGAAAGAAUCAUAUUCUCAGAUUCAUUUAGUGAUAAUCAGAAGUCCUUCAUUGGAGAGAAACUUGGGGAAUGUGCCUACAGAUUAUUGGACGGUAGCAGUGAAUACAUCCAGUUAAUCCACCUGUGCUGCGCCAUCAUGCAGGCUAAUCGAAAACGCUGAAGUCCUCAAUCGAUCUGAACACUAUAAUUAUAUUAUAACCCAUUUUUUCAUGCUAAAGGUAAAUAAAUACAAAAAAUAUUUUUUACAA